AUGGUCCAAACCGAAGCGCAACGCAGGGCCACACUCAAGUGGCGGUCUAAGGCUGACGUCAAAGAGGUUCAAAAGGCAAAAAAUCGCGAGCGAGCCCGCGUUCGUCGCGAAAAUGAGCGUUCUGCACGGGUAAACCAUGCACCGACCCCAGGCUCAUCCCUCCCCGCCAGUACGCGUUUACCAUCCUCCGCCGGCGAUCCCCCCGCCGCCGUACUUGGUCUUCGCACAACGCGUCAAAAGAUUGAGCGCUGGAGGAUGGGCUGGGGAUUUCAUGAAGACGGCGACAAACGUUUUCACGAAGUGCUAAAGGACGCCCGCAAGCGUGGACCUACGGCCACUGAUAUGUGGUUCAAGGAGGCUGAUCAACACACUCGAAGGGGGAGGGCUCUUUUGGAGGAGUUGCGGGGAGUCGACGUGACAUCAUUGGCUCAUGACCAUGGCGCUUUGCAGGAUGUGUACGUGCAAAUAUUUGAUCUCAUCAUGUCGGUUCACGCCGAAGUCAAAUUCAUGGAAGUGAAGCUUCAUGAGUAUGCACCCACCACCCCGUUAUCUCAAAUUACACGCAUACGAAACUAUACGUUAGAAUAG